AUGGAGCCGGCACGCACCAACCGCAAGGUGCUCCCCAACUACCUGCUCGAAGACUACAUUCCUGUUCCCGACUCCAAGCCGUCCGCAUCGUCGGUCGCAUCGGGCUCCCACGCGCACAGCGAUGCGCAGCACCACGCCGAAUCCAGCACGCGCGGCGAGAACGGUGCUGCUUCUGCAACGCCAAGCGAAGCACCGGACGAGGCGCUAGGGUUUCUGCCACGUCGCAAGAAGCUGCGACAAGCGUGCGUCUAUUGUCGUCGCUCCCAUCUGGUGUGUGAAGAGAAGCGACCAUGCCAUCGCUGUGUCAAGCGCGGCAUUGCAGAUCGGUGUGUUGACCCGCCACAGGACGGCAAGCUGGACGAGGGAGCGCAAGCCAACGGCAAUGCCAAUGGCAACUCGGGCAAACAAAAGCCGCAACACUUGUCGCCGGCGUCGUCCGCCAACGGCGAGGAUGCAAACGAAGGCGCAGAUUCGACUCCGGACCGUGCAUCGGAGGCACAGCGGGGCAGCAAGCGAAAACGCAAGUCGCAUCCACUCAAACCCAGCGUGGCGGCCCCACCACCAGAGCACGAUGGAAAGGGCCAUCAGCCCCCCUUCUCCAUGAACCACGCCGCUGCGCCGGAGCAAGCGAACUUCAACGCGGCUAGCGCCCAACGUCACGUCAUGGCGUCCACGCUUGCUCCUGAAUCGGCAGCGACGUACGCGGGUCUGCCCCUUACGAUGCCUGUGUCCGCGGCCGCACCAGCACCAGUCCCAGCACCGGCUCCAGGGCGGAACGCGCCAUCGCAGCUGCUGCAGGGACAGCCGAUCUUUCAACCGCCGUCGUCGGCCGAGCUCGACUCGCUCUUCUCGACGUACUUUUUUGAUGUGGCGGAUUCGUUCAAUGCGCGUCCGGGAGCGCCUCAUCCAGGAGCGCCGGGACAUCACGGAGCGCCUCCGACGGCGGUGGGUGGACACGCCAUGUUUGGAUCGCACCAGCAGGCGCAUCCACAGCAUCAUAUGCAUGCCAUGUCGAGUGCGCAUGCUUCGCAUCCGGUAGAUACCGGACUGCAGCCGACGCAGCCGCAUUUUGAUGCAGGUGUUGGAGGCGCACACGACCCAAGGGUGCCGAGGCAUGCCAUGCCGGUCGGAGGUGGACCAGGAGUGCAUCAGCAGCAGCCGCUUUCUUCGCGUCCUUCGCACCAUGGCGCGGCACGAAUGCCGGCGGAUGCCGAGGACAAGUCGAUCUUGGACGCAGCGCCGAAUGCACUGCCUACCCAUCAUGGUGCCGGUGUGUUUGCAGGCGCCGAUCGGUCGCAGCAAGGCGCGACGGAGGACAAGGAGGCCGUGACACGACAGAGGCCCGGUGACGUGUAUGCGCCGUAUCCGUACCGCAAGGGGUACGCGUCGUUGAUGCGAUACAUGACGGAGCAGAACUGGUCGCAGCAGUCGAUUCGUUCGGUGGAGGCGGCGUUGUCCAAGAUCCGGCGGCUGUGGUUUUCUCUCGAGGACAACAUCCAGCCUUCGAGCAUGAUCCAGCUGCAGGCCGAGUGGGCGGGCAACGUGCGGUACUAUUCCGAAUCGGUGCUGCCGUUUACGCCGGUGCCGAUGGUGGUGUGCCGCAAGGCUGGCGAGGUGUACGCAUCCAACGAGCUGGCGCACGAGCUGUGCGGGCGGUCGCGAGACCAGAUGACGGGGGGCAAGCUGUCUUGCUACGAACUGAUGACCGAGGCGUCGGCGUCCGAGUUCUUCCGGCUGUACGAGUUGGCGGUGGGCGGCGACCACGCGGAAGACGGCAGUUACGUGCCGACGGUGGGAAACACGGCGCCGCUGUACUGGAACGCGGACAUUGUGCGUCCGAACGCGGAUGGAACGGCGAGCGUGCGACGUACGCGCGGGGUGUUUGAGAUGAAGAUUGCGCCGUGCGGGUUGCCGUCUCUGCUGGUGUGCUGCUUUGUGCCGCUGUCAUGA